UCUGUCUGUCUCUGUCUCUGUCUCUCCGCCGCCUCUCAGGAAUAUCUGGUUUUGUUUUCCUUUUUUUUUUCUUAGCUGAGGACAGAAGAUCCAGAGCUGAGCUGAACUAGGAGAAGAAAAAAAAAAAAAAGCGCUCAAUCGUCUUUCUGCUCGUUUCUACUUUUUUCUACUGGGGGGGAACUUAAAAGUUGACAUCAUCGCCAUGUCUGGGGAUCGGAGGUUCUGCGUGUUGUCUUGGGAUCAGGUGCAGCGUUUGGACUCGAUCCUGGGGGAGGCUGUUCCCAUCCACGGCCGGGGAAACUUCCCCACUCUGUCCGUGCAGCCCCGGCAGAUUGUCCAGGUGGUGCGAGCGAGGCUGGAGGAGCGAGGCAUUUGCGUGAAGGACGUGAGGCUGAACGGUUCGGCUGCCAGCCACGUGCUCCAUCAGGACACCGGACUCGGCUACAAGGACCUGGACCUGAUCUUCGGCGUGUCGCUGAAAGACGACCAGGCCUUCCGUCUGGUGAAAGACGUCGUGCUGGACUGCCUGUUGGACUUCUUGCCAAUUGGGGUCUCGAAGGAGCGCAUCACGGCACUGACCCUGAAAGAGGCCUAUGUACAGAAACUGGUGAAAGUCUGUAAUGACACGGACCGCUGGAGCCUCAUCUCGCUGUCCAACAACACGGGCAAGAAUGUGGAGCUUAAGUUUGUGGACUCUUUACGACGGCAGUUUGAAUUCAGUGUGGACUCCUUCCAGAUCUGCCUCGAUUCUCUGCUCCUGUUCGACCGCUGCUCGGAGACACCCAUGUCCGAGAGCUUCCACCCCACCGUGAUCGGGGAGAGCGUGUACGGGGACUUCAAGGAGGCUAUGGAGCACCUGUGUCAGAGGACCAUAGCGACACGCAGCCCCGAAGAGAUCAGAGGGGGCGGCUUGUUGAAGUACUGCCACCUGCUGGUGCGAGGGUUCAGGCCCUCCUCGGAUGCGGACAUGAAGCAGAUGCAGCGCUACAUGUGCUCGCGCUUCUUCAUCGACUUUCCGGACAUUGGCGAGCAGCAGAGGAAGCUGGAGGCGUACCUGCAGAACCACUUUGCCGGCAUGGAGCACAAACGGUACGAGUGCCUGAUGACUUUGCAUCACGUGGUGAACGAGAGCACCGUGUGUCUGAUGGGCCACGAGCGGCGCCAGACGCUCAGCCUCAUUUCCAUGUUGGCACUGAAGGUGCUGGCCGAGCAAAACGCCAUCCCCAACGUCACGAAUGUCACGUGCUACUACCAGCCGGCGCCGUACGUGCAGGACAUCAACUUCAGUAAUUACUAUAUCGCUCAUGUUCAGGCGCCGCAGGUGUCGCCGUGCAGCGCCUCGUAUCAGACGUGGCUGCCCUGUAGCUGAAGCAGCGCGAGGAGAAGGGCAGAGGUUGGUGUGUCUCCAUUGCUCUUUCAAAAGAAAAUGGACUGAAAACACACAAGAAAGAAACCCAUGUUUGCCAAAUGUGACUUGACUGAAACAAUCUUGUACUGCUGUACAUCUGAUUGAGCCGACACGUUAAUUUUUUCUCUCACUCUCUUGCAAAAACAUCUAUAAGAUUGCUGGUCAUUUCAAGAUGUAGCGAUAGUAUCUUAUUUAAGUAUUAAAGAAAAAAAAUAAAGAAAAAUGAGUCUUUAAAACUUUAUAUAUGUCAGAAAUACAUUUUUGAGGAAACAAACAUUGAAGCUGGUGUUAUUUUCAUACUCUGGCUUUAUUUUUUUAAAAUUACAUGCUGGACCAAAGAUGUAUUUUGUUGUUCAGAAAGGGAAUGUUGUCAUAAUUCCAAGUGCCUAAAGUGAACCACGAAACGUUCUAAAAACAUCUGUAAAGUGAGAACUGUGCAUUCAGUGUUUUCUAGAUUACUCUGUCUCUCUUUUCAGGAACAGAAGCAUUCAUUUUUGCGAGAUUAAAAAAGGAAAAACCCCA